CGAAACGACUGCGCGUCUAGCCUCUCCACUAUCGAUUCGACUUUCGACUUUCGACAGUCGUUGAUGUUGAUCGACGCAAUCAUUCCUAACUCCAAGCCAUGCCUGAGCAAGCUCUAAUCACCACUACCACGUCACCAACGCUCUAUAUUGCGAAGUCCAAUGUUUGCUUGAACAGCAAAGGCGAGAGCAUCGGAAGAGGUGUUUUUGCCAGUGGUGACUUUGGAGCAGGCGAGCAGCUUGCAGCUUUCCAGCGUCCGCUUGUUGGUUCACUAGACACCGAACGGCUUCUUGAUACAUGUGCGAACUGCUAUAUUUGGACCGAGGGGUCCUCAACAGGGACUAGGCUAUACGUACCAGAAGACACGAAUGUGCAGAAAUGCGCUGGGUGCCAGAGGUUCCGAUAUUGUAGUAAGGCAUGUCAAAAAGAGGCCUGGCAUCGGGGACACAAACACGAGUGUAAACUUCUGAAGCCCAUGGCCGGUAAAGAUAUGCCCAAGGCUGUUCUUGCCUGCAUGGAGCUCUUGAUCAGACGGAAGCAUGGCCUGAUCUCGGACGAAGACUGGGAACUACUGUGCAACUUACAACCUCAUGUCGAAGAUUUCAAGCGGAAUGGAAACUAUGGUAACAUGGAACUGAUGGCCAUGGGAGCAAGUCAGUUCUCGCUUACGCAGAACAUGUUCAACAAAGAUUUUGUGGCAGCGAUGUAUGCCAGGGUACUCACGAAUUCCCUCACACUAAUCACACCGACUCUUGAUCCCUUAGGCAUUAUUCUAGACCCCAUUCUCGGUCAUAUAAACCACUCGUGUGAUCCAAACUCCUUCGUCAUCAUGGACGGCGCCGAAAUCAGCAUCCGAACCCUGAAACCCAUCAAGAGAGACGAAGAAAUCUACAUCUCCUACAUCGACACUACGAACCCUUACUAUAGGCGGCAAAGCGAGCUACAAGCACGCUGGUUCUUCCGCUGCAAGUGUACCAAAUGUCAGAAAGGCGCAACCCUCGACGAAGAUCAGUGGGCUCUGGAACCGAAGGCGCUCUCAAAGAAGGUCCAAGACGAAGCUGAUGCAGUUGCUGAGCACGAAGCUUAUGCCCAAGACCCAGCGAACUAUGUCGGAGAGACAAAAGAUGAGAUUAAAGUCGCUACCAUUCAAGGGAAAGCUUUCGCGGCGUACGAGGAAGUACAGCGCAUAGGUGAUGCCGAACAAGCCCUUCAAGCUAUCGAGUCUGCGAUGCGAUUCUGUCACGAGUCUGGUCUCUGGCCGGUGUAUCGCCAGCCUCAUGCGGCGCUUCGAGACGAUAUUAUUCUCAACCUUCUCUCCAUAGGCGACUAUCCCACUGCGUGGGCACACUGUGCGAAGCGGUACAAGUACAUUCUCCCGAAACUAUACCCUAUUUACUUCCAUCCAAUACGUGUCGUACAAACGUGGCAAAUGGCGAUGCUGGCUGCAUAUCUCGCAAGUACUAAAGAUGGCAUCGGGGCACCCGGGGUAAAUAUGGGAUUGAUUGCGAUGAUGCUUGUGAAGCAGGUGUUGGAUGCUUCAAGCUUGAGUCACGGCUCGAAUAGUGCGUUUACCAAGAGUGUGAGGCGGAAGGCAGAAGAGAUGAUCGAAGAGUUGAAGCGCAGCGUAGGAAAUCCAGAUAAGGAGGUUAUGGAUAGAGAGCUAGAGGCACAGAGAGAUAUGUUGAUGCAAAUGGGGGACAGUAUCAAAAUGUAGAUGGGAAAGUCCUGGGUUACAUGCCCUCAGGUAGCUUUCAAUUACCGGGUGGGAAACGCAUUAGGUAUUGAAGGCAUACAUACCACCCUGCAUGGUGCCUGCGUCCAUUAAGAAUGUGGGGUCUGACGUGCGCCUCUCGGAUGGCUUAAAGCGGCUCUGACAAGGUGAAGGAAAGUGAAAGGCGCACCAC